UCCUUCGGUGGACCGGGAGGGUGGCGAGCAGGCAGGCGGGCCGAGGAGCAGAUGGCAGGGAGCCCAGACCCGCUUGAAACCGGCUUGGGGAGGCAGGGCGGCUCUAGUUUCCUGAGUCACCUGAAGGAAAGGCUGGAACUGCCGUGCAUGGAGCAGGGAGCUGCCCAACUGGGAAAGAUUGGUUUGGGGGCAUCCAGGAGAGCUGGGGACGGAACCCAGGGCCUGUGUGUGCCGGGCAAGUGCUCACCACCUAGCUACACCCUGGCCCAGCUCUGCUGAUUGACCCGGUGAGCCGACCAAGGACACAGCUGCCCCAAGCCCAUGGAACCGAGACCCGUCACCAGCCACAAGGAGAAUGUGCUCCUGGGGCCUGCCACUCCCCUGAGGCCAGAGCAGCAAAAAUUCCUGAGGACCCAGGGUGUCAACCUGGGCAGUGGCCAUGGCUCAUGGCCGUCGUCCAUGUGCGGGGCUGCAAGGGGAGGACCUGCCGCCACCUGCUCCUCGGGGACAGCGCUGUGCCAGGAGCCCCGCCGCAUCCAGACCAACCUCUCCAGCCCUCGUCCCCGCCGGGGCCCAGCCCUGAAGGACACGACGGGCUGGCUGGUGAAUUCGAGCUUCCCGCGACAGUGCAACGUGCAGCCCCGCACCCGCAGGCCCCCAGGAAAGGCGCCUGCGGCCCGGCAGAGUAACCUGGGUCUGACCGGGGCUGCCAGCCCGCCUCCCCGGGGCAGCCUCGGAGCGCUGGCUCGCCUGUCCCCCUGCCUGUGGCAGACACGCCCGGCCACAGCCCCCAGGCCCACGGCAAGCUUUGCCCCUCCCCAUGGGCGCACAUGGCCAGGCCCCGGAUUCUGGGGGCGCCUGGGGGGCCAGACCUCUAGGUUCACAGGGGAGCCCCUCACCCUGGAGGACCUGGCUGUCCCUCAGGCUCAGCGCCCGUCCCGCGCGGCCAUCCACCAGCUGCUGACUUCUGUGCAGCACCUGGAGUGGCAGGCAGCCCGUCUCGGGGGCCGGGCAUCUCGGGAGCCCCCGGGCCCUGCACAGCGGGGCCCCUCCCCGGGCGGUGGCCAGGCCCUUCCUGCCCGCGCCCAGCACAGCCGGCUUGCUCUUUCGUCCUGCGAUGAGAGGAGGAGACACCCCCAUGGCCACGGGGAAGCCACAGAUCUCUGGGUGACUCAGGGGACCCAGGCUGGUCACUCAGACCCUUGGGCACCCAGCCAGCCAGCAUCGCCCAAGACCUCUUUGGGAAUGUGGACUGGACGUUUCCAUUACUCUGAGCGGGAAGUCCUUCCUGCCCAGUCCCUCAGGCUGGAAGAGCAGGAGUCCGCAGGGCCCACCUCUCAAAGGUCCGACAGCAGGGAGGCCUGGCUCGGCUCUUCAGCCUGCUCCAGAGCCGCCACAGCCGGGAGAGUCCUACCCGGGUGGGAAGAAGUGCGCCCUCCGAUGGAGCCGGGAGAGAAGACAGCUUCCGGUCCCCCGGAUGAAGCCCCGGCAAGGAGGGGCGUCCACUGGGUGGAGCCCAGGGAGGCUGGCCAGCAGCUGCUGUCCAGAUGUUUCAGAGCCUGGAUGUGUGUGAUGCGGAGGCAGCAGGCAGCGGGGGCAGCCGUGGCUCUGAGCCGCAGGCAGCUGUUUCCAGAAGGCUUCCGGGCCCUGCGGUGGACCCUGUCGCUCCGCGAGGCCUGGCUGGAGGUGGCGUGGAGGCGACAUGCAAAGGCCUUGCUGGCCCAGACCUUCCGAGAGUGGAGACUCCUAGUGGUGAGGAGGAAACAAUGGCAGCCCCAUGUCCAGCCUUCGUCCAGACCCUGCGCUUCCUGGAGCGGCAAGGACCAAGUCCCCCACGGGGGAGGAGAGGCAGCAGGGUGCCCCACAGCAAGAAGCAGGGCAGGGAGCCUGAGGGAGGAGGAGGAAGCCCAGCCUCCUCCGCUGAACCCUGGGCAGAGACCAGACAGCGGAGUGGAGGGAGACGGUGGAGACCGGAGAGUCCAGACCCUGCAGGCCCUGCAGCGGCUGGCAGUCUUCCUUCUAUGGUGCCAGAAGAAGGACGGGGCCAGGAAGGAGACGGGGCCCCUCGGGGAGGUCACUCAGAGGACACAAAGGACAGAUGUGCCCCCCACGGCCCCUCAGCCGGGGAGAGAAUGGCUGUGCAGGUGCUUCCGGGCCUGGCAGCAGGUUGUAAAAAGAGAGGCCCAGUGCCAGGGCCACCUGGCUGACCACCGCAGGAGGACGCUGAGGAUAUGCCUGGGACAGUGGGUGCAGAUGAAGCAGCGCCGAGAGUCAGAUGGGGCGAAGGUGACCCAGCUGUUCCUCUGCUGGCAGAAGGGGGGCGACCUGGCCCUCCGAAGCUCAGCCCAUGGCCUGGAGACCAUGGCCCCGGUGUCCCUGCAGGGCGCCUGCCUGAGACUGUCCCUCGGCCGGGCCCUGCUGCUCUGGGGAACGCGCUUGUCCCAGCGCCAGCGGGCCAACUCCUUCUUCCAGGGCACAAGGGAGCGGGCCCUGCGGCGCGUCCUGAGCUGCUGGCACCAGAGGGUGUGGGGUGUAGAUGCCCCGUCAGCCAGCAGUGCAGCCACCUCGGACCUGGAGCCACUGGACAGCACCCCAGGCGGGUCAGCCUGGCUGGGCAGCAGCGCCUGCCGGGGCUCCCUGGAGAAGAGUCCUGGAGCCCCCGACCUCCUGGACACUCUCCGGACGAGUGACCUGCAGGCCGCUGGGCUGCAGCAGUGGGACCAGCGCCUUCUGCCCUGGCGGGCGUGGGGUGCAGCGAGGCAGUGCCGCAGCCUCCAGAGGCGCAUCCUCCUCACCUGGAGCCACUGGUCAGCAGCUCAAGGGGCUUGGAGAGAGCUGGCUGCCUGCCAGGCCUGCGACAGGAGCUGCAGGGCUGCCCUGGGCCUGUGGCGGCGGUGGCUGGCACAGCGGCAGGAGGCAGAGCGGUGGGCACAGGAGCGGGGCCGCGGCCGGGCUCGGGAUGCUCUGCGCCACUGGCACACCUGCUGGCAGAGACAGCAGCUCCUGCGUGAGAAGUACCGGAGGUGGGUGCAUGGCCACCUCCAGGGCCUGCGGAGGGCUGUGUUCCGGGGCUGGCGGCAGGAGGCGGCCCGGCAGAGGCACAUGCGCAGCCACUUCCAGGCCUGGUGUGAGCUUGGGAGAGACACGGGGGAGCCCAGGGCCCAGGGUCCAGCCUUCCAGGAUGCCCCAAGGACGAGAGCACUGGGGGCCGCACUUGCCGCAUGGCAGGGGGCCCGAGGGGUGACGGCCAGGGUACAGGAGCAGCAUGUGGCCCGGCCCUGUGUCCAGCACUGGAGCAGCCGUGCGCAGCAGGGCCUAGCAGAGAGACAGCUGAGGAGAGCCCAGGCCCAGCAGGCCUUUGUAGCAUGGCAAGUGGCCCUGGGCCAGUGCCAUGAGGCCCAGCAGGUGGCCCUGUGCUGGAUCCUGGAGCUUCAGGGGACCUGUGGAGUCCAUGCUGUCCAGAGGCUGAGUGCCCAGGCCCUAGCGGCCUGGGCCCAGGGCCACGUCCAGCGAGUGGCCAUCACCCAGCUCCUGCAGGCUGGGCUCGGGCGCAUCCUGCGGACCCACUGGGCCCAGUGGCGGACAGUGCUACUCAGAGUGCGGCUGGACCGAGGGACCCAGGCCCAGGGUGCCAGCCUUAGGCACUGGCCCAGGCCGGCCAGCAGAGGGCGCCUCCUCCUGCUGAUGGAUGCUCCAGCCCCUUGGAGGCAGGUCCCCAAAGGCUUUACAGACCCCACCCCUAGCCGGCUCUUGCAUGCUGUCCCAGCCCUGGGGAGCGGGCAACACCGGCCAACACCGUCCAGGUCUGGUGCAGAGUCCCAGGUGCUGCGGGUCCGAGUCUGUUCAAGAAGACAAGUAACACAGCACGUGCAGUCUGGGAUUGAGAUAGGUCCAUGGACACCGUCUCAUUUUAACCAAGUUUUCUUUUAAUUGGAAAAAUGCAAUAUGCCCAUUACAGAAAAUAAAAUAUAAAAGUAAAAAAAAAAAAAUCAUUUUUUGUAUUCAUAAGUAAUCACCAGCCCCUCUCCAGACCUGAAGCUAUUAGUUCUGACACUGGCAAAUGAUGAGGCACCACCACUACCAGGCAUAAAAGAUGACACUGCACGGGAGCCGGGACCGUCACUGAAGGACUCAGACGGGGCAGGUGGAGCAGUGUCUCUGAAGAUCACUAGGAUGCCAGGAGGAGCAGAGUUUACAGAUUCUUUUUUUUUUUGGUACUGGGAAUUGAACUCAGGACCUUGCGCUUGCCAGGCAGGCGCUUGUGCCGCUGAGCUGUAUCCCCAGCCCUGAGUUUACAGACUCUGAGAAAACUAAAGUGGUUUUUGUUCUUUCAAUGGAAUUGGGAGGCGAGAUUAAGGGUUUGCAAGAUUCACAUGGACAGAUCAGUAACAGUGCCAGGCCCAGGGUACUGGGUAUCCCCAUUUCUAGCUGGGUUGCAGAGGAUUUCUUUCACUCCACUCCUGUCAGCAAAGGCAAGGAUCCCAAACAGUGCUGGGGAAAUAGGCCCACAGACACAACAGAUGCUGCAAUGGCACCAUGUGAGCUUCUUUCCAGCCCUCCUCCCUGCUGCAGGUGCAGGUACACGUACACGUACACACACACACACACACACACACACACACACAGAGGAAGCCCCCUCAUCUGUCAACAUGGGCAGGUAGGAGGCAUCUUGCAGAGGCGUGGGGCCCCCCACUUACAUACUGGAGUAGCUGGGGGCUCGGGCUCAGGCCUCUAAGUCACUCACUCAAUCCUGUAAAGCUUAAGUGGGGACCGUGGCAACCACCUCAGAGCUGGUCCUGGCCCAGGUGAGCUCUUACUGGUUCCCUCUGACUGAAUGACUUCAGCGGGUGGGAGGACGGCCACACCGCCCAGGAGCACCUUCUCCAUCUCUGGGGGCCUCAGGCUCAUGGGAGGUCUCACGGUGCGGUGGACCCUCCCAUUUGGGUGCACGAAUGGGGGGUCCCACUGGUGGUUGGCCAGGGCAGCUGGGUUCCAGCAGGUCCUCGCCCAGGCUCAAGUGUUCUUCUCACUGUCAUUUAGACACAAAGCUGCAGGCCACAGGCCACAGGGUCCACGCAGCCUGGGCCACAUCACACUUACAGCGGACAGAGACCGCAGGGGGAAGCGGCCGGGG